AUGGCAGAAAUCGUAGGUGCAUCAAUCAUUGCUGGAAUUGGGUUUGGAGUAUUUAAAGUCAUUUGUGAUGGAGUAGAAAAGAUAACAACACCAAACGAUCAAAGAGAUAAAGAAAAAAGGGAAAAUAAAAAUGAAGAGGAAAUUAAUGAAAUAGUACAACAUUCAGAAAAAGAGAGAGAAAAACAAAAUGAAGAAGAAGAUAAUCAAGAAAAUGAUAAAAAUAUUGAAGAAAUAAUCAAAAAACAUUAUGAAAAAGCACAAAAAUAUGUUGAAAUGAAUAAUAUUGAAGGAGCAGAAGAAGAAUUUAUUUUAAUUAAUGAAAUUAACAAAAAAAUAGGAGAAAAAGGAAUAUUUGCAGGAAUUAUUAAGAAAGAAAUAGCAACAAUUAGAUUUAUCAAAGAAGAUUAUCAUACAAGCAAGAAAUAUCUUGAAGAAGUUAUUGAGAUAAUGAAAGAAAUUAUGAAAGAAGAAAAUAGUAAAGAAAUUGAAAUAAUGUAUAUUGAAGUUAUCAAUCAAAUGAUUGAAACAAGAAUAAUGAAAGAGAAAUAUGAAGAAGGAAAAGAAAAUAAAGAAGAAAUGAAAAAAAUUUAUUCUGAAAUUAAAGAAAAUAAAGAAAGAAUAGAGAAAAUGAAAAAAGAAGAAAAAUAUAAAGAAAUAAUGAAAGAGAAAGAAGAAGAAAAUAUAAUGGGAAGAAUUCAAUAUUAUAUAAUGAAAGAAGAAUGGGAAAAAAGUGAAAAAGAAAGUAAAAUAUUAAUUGAAAGAUAUAAAGAAGAAGGAAAGAAAGAAGAAGAGAAAAGAAUAAUUAAAUGGUUAAAUAAUAUAUAUGUAAUUGAAAAGAAUAAAGAAGGGAUUAAAGAAAAUUUUAUAAGAAAUCAAGAAAUAAUAGAAAAUGAAAAAGAAGAAAUAGAAAUGAUAAGUGAAAGAGCAAUAAUUGAACAUGAAAUUGGAGAAUAUGAAGAUAGUAAUAAUAGUUGUUAUGAAUGUAUUAAUAAAAUUGAAAGAAAGAAAGAAAAGAAAGAAGAAGAGAAUCAAAGAAAUAAUAUAGAAAUAGAAAAUCAAAUGUAUUAUACUAUAAUAGAAAAUAUAAAAAGUAGUAAUAAAGAAAAAGAAAGAAAAGAAGAAAUAGAAGAGUGUAUGAAUCAAAUUAUUAAAUUAACAAAAGAAAUAAAAGAAACAAUGUUAAUUAGUAAUCAUUUUAUUAAAACAUUAAGUAUUGAAGAAAUAAAUAGUAUUGAUCAAAUAUAUCGAAAUUUAAUAUGUAAAAUAUUAAUAAGAAAUGUUGGAAAAAGUGAAUUACCAAAUGAAUAUACUCUUCAAAUGAAUAUUAAAACAAUAAAUGGAACAAUUAUUAAAGAAGGUGAAAAAAUUAAAAAUAAAGGAAAGAAACAAAUAACAAUGAUAGUAACAAAUAUUGAAAAUAUGAUUAAAAAUGAAAUAUAUUUUUAUAGCUCAAGAAUACCACGAAAAUCAAAUAUAAAUAAGUGUACACCAACAAACAGAUUUAGAAGAUAUUAUCAAGGAUAUAACUAUAAUCAUUAUCAACAAAAUAAUAGUCAUAAUCACUUUAAUAAUAAUUAUCAUAAUUAUAAAUACAACAGUACACUCUCAAAUAAUCACAAUUAUAAUAAAAAGAAAAAAAAUUCAAUUAUCAAACCAUCAGAAGAAAAAGAAAACAACGUCAAUGAAGAAAAUAUCAAAGAUGUAAAUUUUAACAAAGUGAAGAAUAAGAAAACAAUACCAUUGACAAAAACAGAAACACCAAAGAAGUGGAUCGAGUAG